GUCUCGGGUGUGCCCAUGUCCAGUUUCACGUAUAAAAAGCCAAAGUUGACCAUUUUGACUACUUUGACCCCCCAAUCAAAAGGCAAAAUGAGUCUCUCUGCGAAAGACAAGAAAGUAGUCAGAGAAUUCUGGCAAAAAGUGUCCGGCAGUGCUACGGAAAUCGGCAGCGAUUCUGUGUGCAGGAUGCUGAUUGCGUACCCGCAAACCAAGACUUACUUCUCCCACUGGAAGGACCAGAGCCCCACCUCCGCUUCUGCGGUGAAGCACGGAGAAACUGUGAUGGCUGGAGUGGGAGAAGCUGUGAGUAAAAUCGACGACCUCACUGGGGGUCUUUUAAGCCUCAGCGAGCUGCAUGCCUUCACUCUGCGAGUGGACCCCGCAAACUUCAAGAUUCUCGCUCACUGCAUGAUGGUGGUCUUCGCCAUCAUGUUCCCCAGUGAUUUCACCCCCGAGGUGCAUGUGUCCAUUGACAAGUUCCUGGCUGCUCUGGCCCGUGCCCUGUCCGAGAAAAUACCGAUAAUCUGCAAGCAGGAGAAGCAGAUGGCGGACACAUGCAGCAUGUACUUGAAUACUCUCUGUCAGUCUGAAAAUGAAUUAAAAAAACAAAAUGCAAUCAAAGUGUUUGUGUGGUGGAGUACCUUUUCCGGCGGAAGUACAAAUUAA